AUGAGGACGCGGGCAAAGGACCAUUUCUCCGCCCAUGGACAAAGAAUAUCACAAUCAGAAAUACCGCAUCGUGAAGCACUGAGAUGUCGGUCUAUGCUGCUUCGCCACGAUGCUCCAGCUUCCGUCAAUGCAACCUCUCCUCAAGCGUCCACACCACCUGAGGCAUCUGUUACUUCUACAACGAUUCGCAGACGCAGGGCAGAUGUCAUCCUCCACGAUGAUGGUUAG